UAAUGGUGUAGUAAUUUCCUCCCAUCUUUGCGUAGUACACAACGCAACCACCCCCUCCCUCUCCUCUUCCCAGUCACCCCUUCCGUUUCGUCGGUACAUCAUCAAGCCCUCUUUUCCCCAUCAUCGCCUCGUAUGCUCUAAACCCUCUAUUCCUCCCUCCCUCCCUCUUUGCUCCUCUCUUUACCUACCAUUGUCUCUCUCUCUCUCUCUCUUGCCCGGUCUCUUGAGCGAGUUGGUCAUAAGGGCAGGGAGGGACAGGGCGGUGGUAGGGAGGGAUGUCGGACGCGCUCAUCAACGGGUUGGCCGGCGCCGGUGGUGGGAUCAUCGCACAGCUCAUCACCUACCCCUUGCAAACCGUGAACACCCGUCAACAGACCGAGCGCGAUCCGUCCAAGUUCGCCGCAAGGGAUGGCGUCGUGCGGCAGAUGCUGGAGGUGGUGCAGCAAGAGGGAUGGGAGCGGCUCUAUGGUGGGCUUGCGCCGUCGGUGGUCGGCACGGCGGCUUCCCAGGGUGUUUAUUACUAUUUCUAUCAAAUAUUUAGGAACAGGGCAGAAAACGCUGCUCAAGAUCGCUGGAAGAAAGGCAUUGGUGAUGGAUCUGUAGGCAUGUUCCAGUCACUUGUUGUUGCUGCACUUGCAGGAUGUGUAAAUGUUUUACUGACAAAUCCUAUCUGGGUAGUAGUUACUCGUAUGCAGACUCACAAGAAGAAAAGUAACAGAUCACCUAAUCAUGUUCUACGAUCUCUUCCUGAUGAAGCAAUUCAGCUUGCAGUUGUUGAGCAUCAACCAUACAGAACUAGCCAUGUGGUUCAAGAACUCUAUGAUGAAGCUGGAUUUUGGGGCUUCUGGAAGGGUGUAAUUCCUACACUAAUAAUGGUUAGCAAUCCUUCUAUCCAGUUCAUGAUAUAUGAAACUCUUUUAAAAAAGAUCAAGAGAAAACGAUCUACAAACACCAAAGGUGCUGAAGGAUUAACUGCUCUUGAGAUUUUCCUUCUUGGAGCCGUUGCCAAACUUGGAGCUACUCUUGUUACAUAUCCCCUAUUAGUGGUGAAGGCAAGGCUGCAAGCAAAACAAGGACUUGAUGAUGAUAAGAGGCGUCAAUAUACAGGUACAUUUGAUGCCAUCACAAAAAUGAUGCGCUAUGAAGGUCUUUCAUGUUUCUAUAAAGGAAUGGGCACAAAAAUAGUCCAGAGCGUAUUUGCUGCAGCAGUUCUGUUUAUGGUGAAGGAGGAGCUGGUAAAAGCAACCCGGAUAUUGGUUACAGGAGAGCUUAGCAAUUCAAAGUUGAGACCACCUUAAUGGGCAUUCAUAUCUGGUUAUAUUUUCUAUUCGAUUGUCCUUAGCAGGCAUUGGAAACCAUUAGUUACACGAAUUGUAAUUACUAAACCAAUAAUUUAUGGUGCCUUAUUGUAGAAUAUGCACACAGAAAACAAAGCUAUACUUUGUGACUAUUUAGCUGGAGGACUAUAACACUGAAAUAAACAGCAUCCAAUAUUUUUUUC